AGACUUUAAGUCAGUUAUCAGAAAGUGAAUAUACACAGUUAUAAACGCACUAUGAAGACAUACACAACCAGUACACCAGUGGCAGCCAAGACGAGGAGAGACAUCCCAUUGUCGAUGAACAACCUUCUCAACCUGAGCACAGAAGUGAGCGCAGUGUCCGAACAGCAAACAGCUCCACACAACUCAUUGAAGUCAGCCAGCUAUCUGACAUUUUCACCAGCUACAGUGAACAAGAUCCAUCGAGAUGCAUCAUCAAGCCAGUUAAGUUUCUCCACAUCAGAUAGGAUGAACCAGAAGUCUGGACUCGAUUUUCUGUCAAGCACAUCAGUGGAAGAAUUCACCAUUACAGAUGCGAGCCAGUCUACAGUGGGACCAAGGCCAGCAGAGAAUACAACUGAUGCUUUGUCACUACGGGGCUCUAUGCUGGAGAUGCAGUUCAGCAUGCUCAAGUAUCGCCUAUCUGACAAUGUGAAACUGCUAGAACUAGAAGUCUUCUAUCGCAAGCAAGUGCACGAGAUUGAAUGUGGUCGCUAUCGUCUUCUCCUCGCCAACCCAAAGCCUCACCACCAGACAGCCAUCAAUCGUCAGCAUGAUGUUCAGAAACUAGCUCUCUUUGACAGUGUUGAACGCAACCUGAGCCAACUCUCUGCUGCCCCUAAGGACAUCAUCGGUGCCAAGCUGGCCAAGUUUGAGCCCCGAGGUGCCAGCCACUCUGCUCUACCCAGGGAGCCUCUCAUGACGUCAACACCUGCGAAAUCAAGCAAGUCUUCCACUAACACCUACAAGGUCCCUGCACCCGUGGUUCAACGCCAGAGAAUCUCCCGGACCAGCAAACUCGUACUUGACACCUGGUUUGGACAGAACAGCGACAAUCUCUACCCCACAGGCGAUAUGGUUGGUCAACUAGCUCAAUCUGCAGGGCUCUCCACCAAGCAAGUUCGCAAGUGGCUAUCCAGGAAGCGACUCCAGGGACGUGUCAACAAGAAGCUGAUGGCUCAUCUGCGUCAUGACAACCAUAGAGACUUUAGUGGUGAUCUUGUCAACUAUGAGUGGUUGUAAAUAAUAUAAAUGGACUCUAGUUAUAGUUGCCAAAGUCGGAUCUGAUGGAGAGUGAUUUCUCUUGCCAAAUGUAUUAUUGUUAUUCAUAUACUAUUUAACUGUUUGUACAUAAUGAAAAUUGUAAAUAAAUAUUGUACAGUAUUGUUAUUAAUUGAAAUAAAUUAUAAUUGAAACUUAUGCAAUGUCUUGUCUUUAUUGUGUGUGGCUUAUAUAAUUGCCAAGUAGAUAGAUGGAACCUGUUAUACAUCUCCUAUGUACACAGUGUAUAUAUCCCCAUGUUAAGUCAAUGGACCCUUGCUGAAAUACUCAUUUUCUCAGAAGAACUCAAGCUGAUCGAGUCUUAAUAAGUACAUUCAUAUUCGAUAGUAUUGCUACAAUCCAUUUUCAAUAGUAAGGAUUGGGG